GGUUGUAAACUAGGGGUUCUACCGAUCGGGGUUCUUUUCUCUUUGGGUUACGUUCCCUGAGUCUUUUUGUGGAAUGUGCGAAGGGGAGGCUCUGGUUCUGUGUCGUGUAUCGUAGGAGCUGUUUGGAUCGGCUUCGUGGUAUUGGACAUUCUCGGUUAUUUUGAGGCAGGUUUUCGGAGGUCUGGUGCUGGCUGUGUGCGGAUCUCUUGCAUUGCAGUCGCAUGCUCAGAUCGUAAGAGUGUAGAUUUCUUUGAAGGCUGCGGUUGCAGAUCAGCAAGACAUUUGAUUGAAAUCUACGUAGGGUGACAAGGCGUAGAAUACAACUUCAGAAUCCGUCGAACUUUCGACAGAAGCCGUUUUUUUUUUGUCGGGUGGAGAUGUCGAAGGGAGGUGGACUGCCCCUCUGUCUGUCGGGAGUCGGCAUUAUGAAUCAGGUGCCGCACCAGAAGACAACUUCCAGCACCACUUUUACUAGGCACAGAAGUUCCUCCAGAGGCUCGUCCGCAACAGUAAACUUUGGUGUCCGUGCGACACUUAACCAUAAUGCCACGGAGACUUGCAGUAGAAUCUGUGACUCGGAGGUGCGCCGUGAAGACUCUGGUGCUGCACCUUCGGGCUGCAAUGGUUCUGACUCAAAUUUUCACCGACCUCGGAAUUCUGUUGCAUUGAGGAUGGCCGAGUUAGAUCGACGGAGAUUAUCAUUGGAAAAGCAAAGGUUAGCGCAGGGUCUAGGUCCUUUUCUGAGAGAGCAAGCUUUCAUGCUUCUGCGCCAGUCUAGUAGACCUCAGGAGAGUACUUGGUCUUCAUUGCAAGAGCUGAUCUUUGCUGAGAUACAUGCCAGUGGUAAUCCCGGGUUAGAUCGUUGUGGUGCCAAAGCUGCUUGAUGCCUGUCUGCAUCCUAUAUCAUGUUCCUGUACAAAUAUACAAUCCAUUCUUCUUUUGUUUACAUCA